AUGUCGAUCCAGGCGUUGCCGCAAUCAACAGUGCGGGCACUGGGUGCGACGCAAGCCUUGACAGAUCCCGCAUCUCUGGUCAAGGAGCUUCUUGACAAUGCACUUGACGCCAAUGCCAAUAGCGUGGCCAUCAGCAUUUCGAACAACACCCUCGACGUGAUCCAAGUUCGGGACAAUGGGCAUGGUAUUGCGCCUCGCGACCGGAAACUAGUGGCACGAAGAUACUGCACGAGCAAGAUCUGCGACGAUGGAGACCUCAAAGACAUUGGAGGUUCAUCACUCGGCUUUCGCGGCGAAGCACUUGCGAGUGCCGCCGAGCUGAGUGGCUCGUUGAUGAUCAGCACCCGCAUCGAAGGCGAGCAAGUUGCAACAUUGCUGAAAAUCAGCCAGCAAGGAGAAGUCGUCGGCGAAGAGCGGGCAUCCUUACCUGYUGGCACGACGGUCAAAAUCACCGAUUUCAUCAAAUCCAACCCAGUACGCAGACAGGUUACACUCAAGAAUGUCGAUUCUUGUCUAAAGAAGAUCAAAAGACUUUUGCAAGCCUAUGCUUUCGCUCGCCCGCAUGUUCGGUUGUCCUUGCAAGUUAUCAAAGCCAAGAAUAAAGAGAAUGACUGGGUCUAUCCACCAAAACCUGGUGGAAACGCCGAAGAUGCUGCUUUCAAGAUUGUCGGUGCAGCAUGUGCUUCCGCCUGUCUUUGGUCUGUCGUCGAAGAUCAAGGCCUCACACUGCAAGCCUUUCUGCCUCGCCCCGAUGCCGACGUCAGCAAGAUCUCAAACAUUGGCUCAUUCCUCUCAAUCGAUGCUCGCCCCGUCUCAUCGGCCCGAGGGCUUCUCAAACAAAUCACAAAAGUCUACCGCGAGUCGCUCAAGUCUAUAGACAGCAAGUUUGACAGCGUAAAAGACCCUUUCAUCUUUCUAGAGAUCAGCGGAGGAUCGUACGACGCAAACCUGGAGCCUGCUAAGGACGAUGUCUUGUUCGAGAACGCUGAUAUCGUGUUGCAAAUAGUGAGGCAAUUCUUCGCUGCAGUGUACCAGCCAGUGGCGCCAGAAGCCGCUGUCGCUGAAGAGUCUGAAUUUAUCCCAAUCGGCCACCCUGUUGCGGAGGAAGAGGGCGGUGAGCCAUUCACAUCACUGGAGGACGAAAUGCCAACAGCUGCGGUCCAAGGUGGACCAAGUCACGAAGACACGCACAAAGAUGCUGCAGAGGACUGGAUUCGGAGACUGGAUGUACAGCAGAGCCCUCAAAUAUCUCCAACGCCAGCACAUGCACGUGGACCGCCGGCCAGGUCUAACAUGUACGGAUUUGACGAAGACGACUUGAAACAAUAUGAUGAUCGACCAUCAACCGGGAUCACGGAGGCAGAUCUUGCAGAGCUUCGACAAUCGAGGAAGGAUGUUACACUGUCGAAUCCGUGGGUGCUUGCAAAGAUGAACACAUCUACGAGAACGCCUUUGUUAGACGAUGGCCAUAAUUCUGUAUCACUGAAUCGAAACGCUCGUUUGGCGGUGGCUGCAACCCGAGAAAGCUCGCCAACGAGGCCUCGGCAUGGUGCUGGAUUGCCUACCCCCAGACCUUCGUCCCCAUCGCCAUCUCUGGACACUUCCAAUCCCCCGGACGGCACGCUUGAUUUCCGAGCCGCAAGAAGUACCAGGCUGACUGCAACUCCUGAGCUUGCUUUCCCCCAGAAUUAUACACCUGUGCCUUCGAAUGAACAUCACGGCUUUGGAGACGGCGCAAUGACUAUAGCAGCCGCGCGCGUGUACCCGUACACUCUCGGUCGUGACGCCGCAGAAGGCUCCGCGGGGACACGGCUGAGCGACAUACCUGACGCCAUCACUCGACCACGCGGAGCAGCAGCGUCCCGCAUCAAUAAGCCAUUUGUGCCACCUUCAAAGAACAACUCUGAGAGGGAACGAGUCUGGUUCGACAACCCGGGAGACGUUCGGAAAACCAGAAGCCAACGAGCUCGCCGAGGCAACACCGAUGAGUUGGUGGCACAGGGCGAGCUUGACGAUUCUUUGGAAGACAUUCGACCUCUCACGCCCCCCAGGCGCAAUCGAGACAUUCGUGACUUUGUUGGACCCAACGCCAGCUCUUCAAUAUCAUCUAUGAUUGAACGACGCAAUUUCGGCCAGACGCCUUUGCAACGUGAGCCAUCCCAUGACGACGACGAGUCGGUUGUUCCGGUGGCGAGCAUGGAACCAGUACGACAACACCCAGGCUUUGUACCAGCCAGCAAACUCGUCGAUCUAGAAGCAACCACCUCGCAUGUCGAAAAGCAAUCAUCACGUAUGUGCAAACGGCGAAAGACUGCAGACAGGGCUCCUUUGCGAGAGCUCAGCACGAACACUCCCCCUGAAACGAUAGAACCCGAGGACGAAGCCGAGUAUCAACCCGAAGCCGCCAAGCGAGUAUCAUCGCGACGACGUAGCUCGAAGGGAACCAGUCGCACCAAAUCUUCCCGACUUCCACUUGAGCGGAUACCACCUGAUCAAGCCAUGCAUGAGGUAAUACUCAACGUAUCAACAGACGUUGAAAAUCUUCGAGAGCUUGCUGGCAGGAUGGACCAGGAGACGUCUUUGCUCGGCUACGAAGAGCUGCUCGACAGUCGUGUGUCCGCUUUCGACGAAAUGGAAGAUGAUGAUAUAGAGGCUCUUACUGCCACUCUCCACCGAUUGCUCGUCACGGCUGGCUACGAUACUGAUGCUGUUGACUCUACGGAUCUGUUCAAAGAGGCCAAAGUGGCGAUCUACGCUCGGUCUGCUAUAGAUACCGACUCGGAUACGCCGAUGUCAUCGGCAUGA